AUGGCUCCUCGGAAAGCUCCCCAAUAUGACGACUAUCGAGUUGCCGCACAGGAGAUUAUCCUCUCCUCCUCCGAUAACGAUUACCUAGACCAGCUAAUUCCCGCGCUCAAAGAUGCCACAAACUCAGGUCGAACGAAGGGGCUCAUGCAGAGCUUGUCGCAAUAUGCUGAUGCGCGAGAAGGGGAUAUCGAACGGAUUGGGAUGACGAAGCAUGAAGAAUUUCUGCAAUCUGUUAAUCAGUUGCAGCAGGUUAGGGAGGGAACCACGGCGCUCACAACAGAGAUCUUGAAACUCAAUCAAUCCAUACAAUCAAGCACCGAGAAAUUAGCUGCACAGAAGGGCGCGCUGGUUGAUACAAGCGCGGUUCGCCAGAACAUCGCCGAGGCGUCCGAAGCGCUGAGAGAAUCCCUCAAGGUUCUCCACGCUGUCAAUCAGGCUCAUGAUUUGAUCCGCAAGAAACAAUACUAUGCUGCCUUGAAAGCUCUGGAUGAUCUCCAGAACGAACAUCUUAUCCCUACAAUUCAAAACAAAUAUGCGACUCAACAUCGGCUGGCCGAUAUAAUACAAAAGUCCAUCCCUGCCUCCCAAAAAGCUAUAUCCGAAGCUGUCAUGAGCGAUCUUAAUACCUGGCUUUUCCGAAUAAGAGAGACAUCUCAAUUCCUGGGCGAGGUCGCCUUCUACCAUACCGAGCUCCGACGAACACGACAGAAGGAGCGUAUGGAAGGGAACCCGUAUUUGCAAAAUUUUAAGCUCAACUCUGCCAUUGAAUUGGUAUUUGACGAGAGCGAGGAAUUUGAUGUCCUUGAUAAUGAGGAGUUGCAGGUCGACUUCACACCACUAUUCGAGUGCCUGCACAUUCAUGAAGCACUCGGUCAAAGUGAUAAAUUCCGGGCAGAUUACGCUGCAACUAGGAGGCAACAGAAGGAAUUGUUGUUACCAAGCUCAGUCAACCUCCUGGAGGAUAACGAGAACAGUCUCAGCAGUUUGUUAGAAGGGAUCGCUGGUUUUGCCAUUAUCGAAAAGGCUACGACGAGGAGAGCUCACAGCCUUCGGUCUCCUGUUGAUGUCGAUGAACUCUGGGAUUCAAUGUGCAAUACUACAGUUAAAUUGAUUACGAAGGCUUUAGAUCAGGUUGACAAUGCGGAGGUGCUACUCAAGAUCAAGGGUGUCAUUGCCCUAUUUAUACAGACCAUGGAUGGCUGGGGCUACUCUGUGGCAUUACUCGACAAUUUCUUGCUCAAGCUCUUCGAGAAAUACGCAGAACUACUCAAGAAAAGAUUCAGUGAUGACUUCCAAGAGAUUGUAUCCAGCGACGAUUACAUGCCCAUGCCCAUAAGUGACUUGGACAAGUACGACAAAGUCGUUAGUGUUAGUUGGUUUACGCCGGAGAUGCCAAGAGAAGAGCUCACAUUCCCAUGUGUAUUGCCUUUCUCGCAAAUGUACCCUCUUUGCUGCAUCGAUAUCCGGAACUUCCUUAAUCAAUUUUAUUUCUUCUCCGACGAUCAUUUCCAGCAGCCAAAUGUAAUUGACGAGGCGCUUAAAAAGUCCCUAGAUGAACUACUUUCCGAAAAAGUUUGCAAGUCCUUAGUAGAGAGGCUCAGCUCUCAAUACCUAGGCCAGAUCGUACAAAUCCUCAUCAAUCUCGAACAUUUUGAAAUAGCAUGCAAAGAGCUGGAGCAACUGCUCAUCGCAGCCCGAUCCUCGACUUCGGCCGGCGGGCCAAUAAUUCUCGAUGCGACCGAAGAAUUCCGGAGCAAUAAGAAGACGGCGGAAAAGCGGAUAUUCGAAUUGGUGAAUUCGAAGAUCGACGAUUUGGUUGAAACGGCUGAGUAUGACUGGAUGGCUCCAACACUGGAAACAGAGCCGAGCAACUACAUGCAAACACUCAUACGCUACCUAUCCAACAUCAUGAACUCCACGCUCCUAGGCCUCCCUCGAGAGAUCAAAGAACUGAUUUACUUCGACGCGCUCUCUCACGCCGCAAACAUGAUUCUCGCCCUCCCCCUCUCCCCCUCAGUCAAGAAAAUAAACCCCAACGGCACCGCCGCCCUCGCCAAAGAUGUGUCCCACCUCAGCGAUUUCGUCGACGGCCUAGAGAACGCGCCCAUCCUGAAGGAAAACUUGGAUGAGUUACAACAGACGGUCCUGCUCAUGCAGACAGAGAACCCUGAGGAGUUUUAUGAUAUUAGUAUUAGGAACAAGAAGUUCGGCAGGGUGGAUGCGAUGAAUGGACCGCAGAUUUUAGAGAAACUUACGUAUUCGGUGCAGAGCCCUACGGGGACGAGGACAGAUCGUCUUGCUAAUUUCUCAUCAAGGUUUGGGAUGAAGUAA